UGGAUAUAGUUCACGUGGCGCCAUCUAUGAUCAAGUUAAUUCACUUUCAACUUGAAUUUGAAUUUUCCGAUUUAUUUUCUAUCCAGAAAAAAAAACUCUGGAAAAUCAUGCAAAUCAAAAAAAAAAACACGCUUUUUCUCCUCAUUUUCCAUCCAAACAAAAACAUCCUCACGCUCCUUAAAAAAUCAGUUCUGCCGCCUACAUAUACAUAUAAGUUUCCUGGAUAUGAGCGGAGGCGUUGUGGUGCUUAGACGCCGACGCCGACGCUCCGAUUAUUGCGACGCUCUGGAUAAUCAGCUGAUAGUUCGCGACUCAACAGGUCGGCAUGCCUUAGAUCUUGGCGUCUCGCGGCUUACCCAGAUGCCUUACCGUAAAGGUCCCCCAAAUAGGACCCAGUGUAGGCCCCCUAGUGAUCCGUUGACCGCUUGUCUGGAUGCUGACGGUACCUACAUUUGUACCGCUUUUAAUCCGAGAUGUUACAUUAUUCAAAAGGUGAAUUCCCCAUGUACUGCGGGAGCUCCGCCGCUGGCCCUGCCAUCGACUUCCAGUACCUUUUUUAACGAUAUCGACGGAUCGGCCCUAGAAUCCAAUGUAAGCCUUGAAGGUCAGGGCUGCUGGGAACAAUGCCUGGAAUAUCCGUGCACCCACACACUGGACGGCUACGUGUACAUGAAUGGGGACAUUGGCAAACUCAACUCGGGGGCGGCGUUUGCUGUCCCUGAGCCCACAGGGACUCCACUGGCGGGUCCCCAAGGCUCAUCGCAAACGUCCCACCACCAUCACCCUCACGAGUAUAUAACACCAAGUGCUGGACCUUCACUGGUACCAAUGCAACCUAUAGUUAAUGGGGUAGCGGAAGUUGGUGAUGGUACCAUGAUGGGACCUCACGAUUCAACUGGACCUCCACCAAAUCACGCUCCAGGGCCACAAAUCGCCUAUCCCUUGCCACAGCUGAAACAGAUGCUCUCCCAACAAUUGGAAUACUAUUUUUCACGCGAAAACUUAGCAAACGACACAUAUUUGCUGUCCCAGAUGGAUAAUGAUCAAUAUGUACCCAUCUGGACCGUAGCCAAUUUCAAUCAGGUCAAAAAACUGACCAAGGAUAUCAAACUAAUAACAGAAGUGCUCCGGGAGUCCCCUAAUGUUCAAGUAGAUGAAGAGGGCGUUAAAGUUAGACCUAAUCAUAAAAGGUGUAUUGUUAUAUUGCGCGAAAUCCCUGAUAAUACUCCUUUGGAAGAUGUUAAAAAUUUGUUUUCUGGAGAAAACUGUCCAAAGCUUAUAUCCUGCGAAUUUGCUCACAACAGCUCAUGGUAUGUCACUUUUGAGUCUGACGAAGACGCUCAGAGGGCCUACCGGUUUCUUAGGGAAGAAGUUAGAGAGUUCCAGGGUCGGCCUAUAAUGGCUCGGAUCAAAGCCAAACCGAUGUGCCGGCCUCCAAUGGGACCUGGAGUGGUACCGGCGCCACCUAAAAACGGUUUCCGUACCACUCCGCCACCACAAGCUGUUUUCGAUCCGGGUGCGUAUCCACCAGGACAACAGCGUUUUGUCUAUACCAAUGGAGCCCCUGGACAAACACCUGUAUCAGCUGCUGCAGCUGCCGCCCCUCCCUACAACCAGCUUGUUUAUAGUCCGUAUCAGCAACAGUUUCCAAACGCCUACGUGGCAACAUGGCCUUCUUCAAACACAAGUUUCUUCGAUAUCAGCAGUGUCUUUCAGGUGAAUGGUUUGGCUCCACAACAAUUCAAACACCAAACCUAUAGAAGUACGCAAAAUCGGCCAAGAAACACCAAACAACGCAACAGCAUGCAAUCACAACAACCGCAACAGUCCUCUACUAGCAACGAACAGGGUCCUUCACAUAGCAAUCAGCCUUCACGAGUUCCUACAACCUCACACCCGGUCUCCUCACAUCGUUCUGCCUCUCCAGCUGGUCCACAUCCGCACUACCAAAACAGUAGCAACAGUAAUCAGUCUGGAACCAGUGUCGGACCUGUACAUCACCAUCACCACCAUUCCCAAAAUCAACAGCACUAUCCUAGCAGUGGAGGUUAUAAUGGAAACGGCAAUAGCGGCAGCAUUAGUGUGACCAAUAAGACAUCUUCCAAGAUGACGAGCAAUGAAGGUACAACCAGCCGGUCUGUACCUGAGCCCCAGGAACAUCAGAUUAGUAUUCCUCAUGCUACGGUACAUUAUGUUAAUGCUGGUGUGCCGCCUUUAGUUGGUAACAUACCUUCAGUAAUGCACACAGACAGUGGACCAGUUGUAGACAUGUAUAGGUUCGCAGCGCCAGCUCCUUUUGUGCUGAAGGAGGUGGUGCCGCCUCGUCAUCGCCGAAAAAAGCGAGAUGACGAAAUUACGAGCACGACAAAUGGUGCAAUAGUUAGUUCUGCGCCCGUCCACCAAGCCAACGGGCAAGGGGGAGCCGCCAGUGCCCAAACUCAAACCGGACCUCACAAUUCUAGAUCGCAGUUCGAUCUUGUCGAUGAAGCAUUUCCACCAUUACCUGGUCUAGAAGUUGGUAAUGGUCCAUUAGUAGCCAAACCUCCGCACCAUCACCACAAUCAUACAGGUGCCCCUGGUGCCACUUACAGUAAUCCAGCGCCCCAUCAUUUUCCGCCUGCCGGUCAAUCAAAGUCUGAAGGCUCCACACAAACUAUAGAGGUGGCGUCUCCAGCGGCUGCUUGGGGCGAGAACCGUUUGGCGGAUGUCGUCAAGGGGGUGAUAAAAGUUAAAGGAAACGGUAAUAAAAGUGAUGUAAAGGAGGAAGACACGUCGCCCAGAAGUAAUUCACCUCCUAGAGCUGAAGAAGCUGUUGCCGUUGCACCUGAAUUGAGUAGUGUUGCUAUGACCCCGCCCAGUUCACCAAAAAGCAAACCUGUGCCUAGUUUGCCAGCCAAGUGCACCAUGUCAGACAAAUCUACAAAAACAGAUGAUGUGUUCUUGAAUGGAUGCGAGAGGGAUAUUGCUCCCACUACAACCAAUGCUGCCACAAUGACCACUGUUGUGGUCCAAACUGAACCCACUCAAAGGCCUGCCACCACUGCUACCACACAGUCAACUUACACUAGGCAAGAAUCGAAAUCGGGCUGUCCCCAGCCAGUGCCUGCACCUUCUCCGCCAUUGGAUUUAGGAGGUCCGCCGCGAAUGAGCUACGCGCAAGUUGCGCAGCACCACAAAGACAACCAAGCGAAAGCGGCCGGAGCCAAAGCAGGUUCCGCCGUACCCGCUUCGGGCGUGUCCUCGCCGGUUACGCCCCAAAGUGACAAGCCUGCCGCCGAGCUGCCAAGCCAAAAAGCUGCAACGGGGAGCGGUUCCUCUAGACCGUCUGCUCAGGCCGAACGUGAUAGUAGUGUUAGGGAUAAUCGAGAUGUUCACAAAGGUGAUGGUCCGCGGUUAGGAGCACGUAACGUUGCUCCGAACAGCCGUCAGGGGCAACACGAACGCCCUACGCGCCGGAAACCGGAAGCGCGCCAGUCGCAACUGCGCGAUUUUGUUGCCGCCGCUGCGCCGCGCUCUCCCAAGUAAUCGACGCAUAAACGGACAUUUAUUAUGAUGCGUUUGUUAGUGGGCUAUUUGACAUUGACGUAGGCGCGCUAGUGUGAAGAUUAAUUAUUAGGAGAUAUUUAAAAUUUUUUGAUUGCAUAGAGCCAAAACUAAAAAUAUCCCUAAUAGUUUUUCUUUCGCUGAUAUAUAUAGCUAAUGAGUAGCCUAGAUGGCACUAGUAGGUGCGGCCUACAAUUGCCUGUUGUUAUUGUCAAGCGGCUAAUUUUCUUUGUGCUCCAAAGGGCGCUUUUCGUGUACUCGUGGCAAAGGGGAGCAGUGUAUAAACAGACUCUCUUUAUAUAUUUAUAUAUAUGAUUAUUAUUCACCCUCCCCCACAAAAGAAUUUCUCUCAUACAAACUGUCGACGAGAAAUUAAUUAUUAAGUGUUGUUCCUAGAGCCGGCCGAAAUUUAAAUUAUAAUAAAAAAUUUAAUGCAACAGAAAAACGAAACUGUUGUGAGUGGGGAGGUUGGCGGCGCAACGUUGUCGGUCAGGUCUUUGUGAGUCUGUGAUUGGUCGAGCUCUUUAAUACUAAUGUUUAAAAGGUUAUUUUGUAAAAUCGUUUAUAUUUUUUCUCUUGACUGGCAAGGCUGGGGGUGAAAAGUUUAAUUUACUUGAAGUGCCAAUAAUGGAGCGCAGUAUGCUCAAAAGUUGUUGUUUGAUAUGAUAUAACACUCUGUAUAGUAUAAAAUUUUGUUUCCUUAUUUUAAAUUGUUUGCUUGCAUUGGGCAAGCCUCAUAAGUAAAAACUGUCAAUGCAUGAUGGCAAAGUUUAUUCUUAAGAAAUAAAAUGCAUCCCCCUGGCCUCGUCACGCAAUUAUAAUCGCGCGGCUUAUUCUUUUGAAACACUUUACGCCAUUUUACUGUGUAUGUAUGCGCGUUUUGUACAGGCUGAAAUAAUAAUAAGUAAUUAAUAAUAUUAAUGUUUAAAGAUUAUUUUUUGACAAUGACUAUUAUUAUUACCAUUUAACUACAUAAGCUGUAUAGAUGGGAAUUUAUAGGUUUAAUAAUACUUGUAUAGUAAACAAAAAAAAAAAGUUGUUGGGUUUUACAUUAUUAUAUUAAUUUUUUAUUUUUUUUUUUUUAAGGGAGGCUGUGUAUUGUUGGAUUUAGAGGAAUGACAAUUUCAAAGAGCAUGACAAUAAUAGUAUUUUUAGUUAUGAACAAAAAUUAAGCAAAUUUCGUCAACUGUAAUAAUGUGAUUCACUAAAUUUAUAUUUUCCUUAAACAAAUUCCUCUAAAUUCCACAAAUUUCGUCGCCCUUCUAGCGAUAUGAACGCUUGUGCGCUGUUCUGUUGCUCGACCACAUAUUUCUUUUUAAAUGAAAUCAUUGGGCACCUUUAGAUUUAGUUAGGGAGGUUAAAAAUUGAGUCCUGUUACGAUGUAAGGAAGCAAAAUACUGGUCAUUAAUUAAAUUGGUUAUUUCAGUACUAAAUACAAUGUUUUGUUUUUAGUGCUUGGUUGUUUUUUUUGUUUAAUGAGCAGUGUUUGUUGGGAGUUUUGAUAAUGAUGAUAAAGUGAUUUUUUCUAAAAAAAAAAAAAACGAUAUACUUGUGAUACUGUAGAAACUUCAUUUUAAGUGUUAACACAAAACUCGUGAGGCUAUUACUGUUUCUACAGAAUCAAAAUAAUACUGCAAUAGGAUUGUUCUUGUGAGUUUCCUGUUUUUUAAUGUGAGAUUGAUUAGGAAAAUAUUUAUUGUCGGUUACUGAUUGGAUAUAAUACUCGAGAUGGUAAGGAAAUUGAAACUGAAUUUCUGUAGCAUUUAUUUUUUAUUAUAUUUAUAUGGGAAUUGUAAUAAUAAUUGUAAAUUCUAAACAGCAAUUUCUUGCCUACUAGUAUAGGCAAAAUUCAUUCCUAUUUGAUUUGUCCUUUUGUAUAAAUUAUUGUAAGUGUAUUUGUUUUGUGUUGAUAUUUUCAAAAAAUUUAAUAUGAAACUCAAUUUGGAAAAAAAACAUAUUGCAAUCUUCUUGUGUAGUUAUUAAAUAAUAAAUAAAUGCUAUAAAGUUUCAGAGGCCUGAGUUUGGCAAAAAAAAUUUAAAUAGUUAAUCAUUGUUUUAUUUUUUUAUCGAUAAUUCCUCCGUGCCUUUUACUACUUAUAUUUAAUCAACAAGAUUUUUCGUCUUUUUACAGGGCUGUAGUCAUUUUAUUUUAUUUUUUAAAUAUUAUUAUACUUAGGGAUUUAAGGUGUUUUUAUUUUUUAUUAUUAUUAUUAUUAUUAUUAUUAUUAUUAUUAUUAUGGCGUUGAUUUUUGUUUUAGAACUUGUUCCAAAAUUAUUUGUUUCACUUAUUAUUAAUUUAUUGAUUUAUAAUCUGUAAGCUAAAUUUACGCAUUAGUUUAAACAACAUAACACACGGUAUUUGUACGCUAAAAAAAAAAAUUAUUGCAAAAUAUAAUUAUUAGUUUAGGCCCCUCGACAAAUAUUUCAUCGAAAAAUUUCCAAAAAAAAAUUUAAUACAGGGGCAUAUAAGAUAUCGUUGUUUAUAGGCUGUGUUUGUAUAUAUUAUAACAACAUUUUAGGUGUCAGAGCAACGGUACAGAAUGGCGUCCAUUUUUAUUUCUCUCUUGGAUUUAUCAGUAUGUAUAUGAAAAAGUUGGUACAGUGGACAGAAGUUUAAUACUGGAAUUGAAUAACCUCUUUCUGUUGUGCCGCUGCUUAAGGAAAAAUUUCUUAUUUUAAGACUGUUCAUAUAUUAUAUUUUUAAGAAUAAUUGUUGAAUUUUGCUGCUAUUGGCAUGGGGCGCACUUUUCAAAAAAAAAAAAAAAAAAGAAAAUACAAAAACAAACAUACGAGACCAAUGAAAAGUAUACUUAAGAUGAAAAAUAGCACGGUUCUAGACAAAAUUGAUAGGUUAAUGAACUUUUGGCAGAAAAAUUGAUUUGUUGGUUUGAUUUUUAACAUCUAAUUUUUUCAGUUGAUGAUUAAUAAAAGAACAGAAAACACUGUCAGGUUUAUAAUUUUUUGUUUUGUUUACUAAGCGAGAAGAUCGAACAGCAUCCAUUUGCGUGUGGAAAGUAGUACUUUUCUGCAUUCAAUUGUCAAAGAAUGAAAUAUCCAAAGACGCUGUAAAAUUCUCCAUUCACAUUUUCCGUUAUCAUAGAGGCAAAAAUUUACUCACCAAAAAUCAGAGGAGGCUUUUUUUCUCCAACGGCAAUAAUUUUAACUCGCCUUGAAGGACUUACAAUGAAAACUUGAAUUAGAAUAAUAGAGAUUUGUUUGUAUUUAUUUUGAUUAGUUAACGUUUUCGUUAGUUAACAUUUUGUAUGUAACCUUAUCAGGGUUUUUUAUUUAUAGUUUCCUGUAUUAGAGGUAUUUGACUCUUCUAAGUCAUAUUAAAUUUUUAAAUGAGCUUCUACAACUGAAAAGUACCUCCUGAAUUAGAAAAGUGAUUUUUAGGAAAGGACAGCGCGCUGAUCUUAUGAGAAAAAAUAAAUUUUUUUCUGUGACGGGAAAAAAGUAGACUUUUUGUACCUGAAAAAUGCCACUUUUUCUCCCACGGGAAAAAAGUGAUUUUUUUUUCCCACGGGAAAAAAGUAACAGGUACCAAUCAAAUUUUUUUCUCAAAGAGAAUACUGUUUAGAUGGAAAAUGGUGAGAUUUUCCUGUCACAGAAAAAAAAUAGUGUAUUAUAGAUGGGAAAAAAGUAAGAUGACAAACCACACCUCGCGCUAAAAUCUAGUACUUUUUUCCCUUGUAUAAUAAAUAACUAUUAUGAUUGUAAUGAAAUUGAAAUAUGUUAAGCUUUUCGACCUCCUGAACGUAAGUCAGUUCUUGUAGGUCCAAAAAGAUCCCAUGAUUAGUUUCAGAGGUACCAGAUACAGGACCUCAGGCUGUUCAUAAUGUAUUUUAGGUCAUGUAGUUUACUGUGGAAAACCUUAUACCUGGUCAAAAAUUAUUAGAAUGUGGGUACAGUUCAUUGUAGUGUUGCGAUAAAAAAAUAGUAGUAGGUACUAUCGUCACCAAAAGUAACUGGGGCAGCAUCAUAUCGACUCUUGUACUAUUAUAAUAUGAUUCCAGGUGUCAGAUAUUUGUCAAACUAUGAAUAAUUUUAGGUUUAGGUUAACUUGGGAUUAUUAGAUUAUUAUGAAUUAUUUUUGUCCCAGUUGGUGACAAUAGUACAAGAAAAAUCUCCAAAAUCAGGUUUAUUAUAGUAUAUUAAUCUAAUUCAUAAACAAAAAUUACGUAUUUUUGGCAUUUUUUGACAAGUUUUCAACUUAGAAAGCUUCAGUACGACAUUACGUGACAUUACUUUGGCAUUUUUCGCAUUUUUUCAUCCGUUUUUAACCAAGAAUAUGUCAUUGCAUGAACCUAACAUACCCUGUAUAUUUCGGGGGAGUCGUUUCGGCUUUUCAGCCGCUCAGCACUGUUACCUUUGCAGAUAUUUUGUGCGUUUUUAUUCUCAUAAGGACCCCACAAUAUUUUAACAGAAAUUGGUUACCCGUUAUACAGGGUGUCCUUAGAUAAACUGACACAUUUUGCAGGUAAAUAUCUCGAAAACGAGAAAAGAUAACGGGAUGCGGUUUGUUUUGGCAGAAUAAGGAUUUUUCAAAGUUUUUUUUCAUGGCAUUGACAAAUCCUGAAAUUUGGUUUUAAGGACAUUCGAUUUUUUGAAAUAAUUACAUACUGCCUUAUUCUUGAUGAAACACCUGGUAUAUUUUGUCAUCGUCAGAAAGCGUGACUUUUCUACAAAAAUGUAUAAUUUUUUUCAAUUAUCUCGAAAUUGGAUCGUAAAAAUUGCACUUUGUUAAAGAGUGUACCAUCGACUGGCCAAAAAAAUAAUAAUAAUUAAUUUGUGUUUUAUAUGCACUUGCAUUAUUAGUUUAUUUGUGUUUAAUAAUUGUAUUAUUAAUUAAUUAUGCGCUAAUUAGUUAAUAAAAGUAUCAAACACAACUUAAUCAUCAAUUUUUUUUUUUUGGUUAGUCGAUGGUGUUCUCUUCGACAUUUUGGUAAAGUAGAAAAAACAGGCUUUCUGACGAUGACAAAAUAUACAGGGUGUUUCAUUAAAAAUAAGGCAGUCAUUUUAUUUCAAAAAAUCGCAUGUCUGUGAAACCAAAUUUCAGCAAAUUUUAGGAUUCGGCAAUAAUGUGAAAAAACACUUUAAAAAUUCCUUAUUCUCUCAGAACAAACCGCAUCUAGUUAUCUUUUCCCGUUUUCGAGAUAUUCACCUGCAAAAUGUGUCAGUUUAUCUAAGGACACCCUGUAUUUGGAUGAAAUUUAAAUAUGUUAUUAGAAAUGCCGUGAGCAAAAUUUUUUACCAUAGGCACAACCUUGUAUAUAUGAGUGAGACGGUAUCGGCUGUCAUUCCUACUAAGUCGACCAAGGUGAAUCGAAAAAUGUCAACCAUUUUGAAAUCUGUCAAAACUCUGCCAAACGGCAGCACUCAUGUUUUUCAAUAUUUCAUGAUGUGUCAUUUGACAGUUUUAGCUUAUGUAAAUUCUGAGUUAAAAAUUGGAAAAAAAAAUUACAGAACUGUCAUUUAUUUUAGUAGGAAAAAAGAUUCAUAUCUGGUUCUUUCUUGUUUUAAGGUAGUUUAUUGGUAACAAGACAUCAAACAAAGCUCAUCGACAUCAAAUUUUGACAGCUGUUAAAAUCUGAAACCUGUGUAUAAAUUUUUCUUAUGCUUCAUAAUAAAUAAGCAUUACUUAAAUAAUUGGAACAGAACUAGAGUUCAGUUUUUUUUUUCAAUUAAAGCUAAUGUCAGAUUCUGACAGCUGUCAAAAUUUGAUGUCUAUGAGCCUUGUUUAAUGUCUUAUCACCAAUAAAAUAGCGUCAAACAAAAAAGAGCUAAAUUGGAAUCCUUUUUUUACUAAAACAAGUGACAGGUUUUGACAGUUCUGUAUUUUUUUUUUUUUUAAUUUUUGAACUCAGAACUUACAAAGGUUGAAACUGUCAAAUGACACAUCAUGAAAUAUUGAAAACUGCAAAAAAAAUAGUGCUCCCGUUUGGCAGGGUUUUGACAGAUGUCAAAAAUGAUUGACAUUUUUCGAUAUUCCUUGGUCGACUUAUUAGGAAUUGAUAUUUGCUUCAUCGAAAUCUGCCAUAGUCAGGGCGAGUUCUCAUGAGCGUAAGUUGACAUUUCUGGCGUAAUCACGUGAUAAAAUAAUUGAAUUUUAUUGGUAAAAUAUUCGUCAUGCUGGAGAUUUCAACAAUCAAAUUACACCAAAUUAUCAUGUGAUUACGCCAGAAAUGUUAACUUACGCUCAUGAGAACUCGCCCUUACCCUGUAUAUUAAGUGAUAUUAGAUUCCAAUAUUUGACAACUGAUACCGCCUCACCUGUCAUAUUUACAAGGUUGCGCCCAUGCAUUUUUAAUAACAUAUUUAAAUUUCAUCCAAAUACAAUUUGCGUUUAAAUUUUGCGGGGUCCAUUUUACCGUUGGAUCCGCCAUUUUAUGUCGGUCAUAUUUAAAAAAUGUUAAUUUUUUGUCAUAAUUUUGUAUGUUAACCCCCUGUAUCUCCGAAACUAAUCAUAGGAUCUUUUUGGGCUUACAAGAACUUACGUUCAGGAGGUCCAAUUUAUUUUUUCUCAUAAGAUCCGUGCAUGGUCCUUUGGAUUUUGAGUUUAUGCCCUUUGAACUAACUAAAGUUUCUUUUAAGAAGUUUUCUAAUUGAUUCUUCACAGACUAAUUAAGUAGUAAGUAUUCAUUUAAAAGGGCAUCUUUUGUAUAUCUCACAUACCAUUAGUGAAACAUGGAAUUUAGUAUACCCUGUAUGUACAGUAAGCGAAGGAGGAGAAACAUUUUAAUUGCUGGUACAUACACAAUAAAGAGGAAAUAUUAAUUAUAAGAUUUUAGUUUCUGAAAGAUGGUAAAGACCAAUUUACAUGUAUCAAAUAUGUCGAUUUCUACAUACACCGGCAAAAUUAAGGGUUUGUUUGACAUUAAUUGAACCCUCUGCACACUGGCAAAUUAGGCUCCACUCCAUUUCUAUGAAUUUUUCUCAGAUUGUAGCUUAAUUCUUCAGGAAUACAUCUGACGUAUUGCCGUUAUUAAAUGAUUCGUCUUUAUAUCACAUACAAGGAUGGAAAGAAAGUCAGUAAUUUUUAGAGUUUUUUGAAAUACUCUGUGGAGUGAACCACUAGAAAUUCAGAACAGUUUUCAACACUAAAUUGUAGCCUAAUCUUUUCCGAACAUUUUCAUUUUUUAUUCAAAAUGACAGUCAGUAGCUGAUGCUUUAGCGUUGAUUAGCUACCGUUCAGAACAAAAUUGUAUUCGUAAACGUAAUUUUUCAAAUGAAAUUUAAUUCGUCAAUAUCUUACCGAUGUGACGAGAGCUGUUGAAGGAUAAAUUGGAGAACUCCUAACCCUGGUUCAAGUGUGAAGGGAGAGUUAUUUAGAUAAAUAACAUUCCAUCAAAUGGAAAUCAUGAAAGGGACUUUGUGAUCCCCUGUAUAUUUGUGAGCAUUCUUUUCACAAUAAAGUGAUCAAUAAGAAGUGAAACUGAAAGCAGUAUUCAUUGAAAUAUCAGAGUGAAUAAAAAAUGAAAAUAUUCGGAAAAGAUCAGGCUACAAUUUGGUGUUGGAAACUGUUCUGGAUUUCCAGUGGUUCUCUCUACAGGGUGUCUCAAAAAACUCUGAAAAUUACUGACUUUCUUUCCUUGUAAUCUGAGAAAAAUUCAUCGACAUCGAGCGAAGGGUUCAAGAGAAAAUUGAUGUCAAACUUAGUGUAAAUUUUGCCGGUAUGUAUUUAUUAGAAUUUAAAUAGAAGAGAUUCGGUUUACAUAUAUCAAGUAGCUAGCACCAGUUUCAUUGGCGUUCCAGUUCUAGCAAUGUGUGAACACUUGACUCGUGCCAGCAAAUAAAGAGUGUGUAUUUUUCUUGCCAAUAGGAUACCACAGUGAAAACUCACCAUUUACUAGACUCGGGUCUAGCGCUAAGAAUUGACAUGCAAGCUACUAGAUACGUGUAAAUCGGCCUUUAUUCUUGCUUCAAUCGGUGUUUAUUAUUAUCAACAGGUAAUUUACAAAUGAGAUUUUUCAACAAAAAAAAAAAAUUAAAACUAGUUAUUGUCUAGAAUCCGUGCGAUAAAAAAAUCAAUGCUUUAAUCUAGCUUUUAUGUUUUCACAAGUCUCUUAUGUUUUUACUCUUUGAGGUUUGUUCAGUUUUUUUUUCUUGUUCUACUAAGGUCAUACUGUUUUUACUUCAAGUGCAAUUCCCCAAAAGAAGACCUUAUAAUAACGAUUUGUCUCAAGGGGGGUUUGUACAAAGCACCGUUCUUUUUUUUGAUUUUCACCUGAAGGUCUUUCAGUUACAUAUUUUAUCUUACCGAUUAAGAGUUCGAUUUUGUUUUUAUAGAGACUUUAGACAGUGAUAUGACUAAAAUAAUAUAUAAAUAGUUGUACGUCUUAAGAUUGUGUAUAAAAAUUACUACUAUUAAAAUGUUUGGAAGAAAGGAAGGCUUGUGUAUUUUAUCCCUUAAGAAAAACAACGACAAAAUCAAAUAAAAUAAUUCUUUACUCGCAUUCAACGUGUAUAAGAGAUUGUCCUAAUAAAUUUACACAAGACAAAAUAAAUAACUACAUGUUUAAAAUAUAACAACCUGGUAUAUAUCAACAGCACGACUAAGGUCCUCACUCCAAUAAUAAGUCAAUUGGCACCUGCAGAAAAAAAAAAUCGUCACUAAAAUUGCUUAACUUUGAGCUGAACCGUAAGUGCCUGGAGGUGGUUUGUAGUGCUUGGGAAAAGCUAAUAAUUGCAUCGAGUUGAAAGCGUAUUUUCUAGAUCCAAUAUUUUUCAUUGUAUUUUCUCUUCUGC